CGGCUCCAGGGUGCCGGGGCAGGGCAGGAUCGGGGCCAGCCCCCGGUUUUGGGGGGACGAAGGGGUGCUGAAGGGAAGCAGUAGCGAGGGUUAGAGCAGUGCUGGCCCUGGAAGGUGGGGAAAAAUUGGAGGGGGUGAAGGAGGAAGUGGCAUCUGGGUGGGGACCGGCCACCCUUCUGGGUUCGAGCUGGUGCCCACCCAAGCAUAGGAGAACUUAAGGGGUCGACAAGGAGCUUAGGGUCCUGUGAGGAAGAGGUGACUCUCCUCCCCACUCUCCCCAUGGCAGCCACAGCGGUUUUAGGAGAUGGGGACCCUUCAGGGGGCUCCAGUGGGCAACUGAACCCAGUGGAGACACUGCAGGAGGAAGCCAUCUGCGCCAUCUGCUUGGACUAUUUUGUAGAUCCCGUUUCCAUCGGUUGUGGACACAAUUUCUGCCGUGUCUGCAUCUCGCAGCUGUGGGGUGGUGAGGCUGAGUACGAGGUGGCCCCGGGGGCUGCAGCAGUGGGUGGCGGAGAGGUGGGGAUGGGCGAUGUGCUGGAAGAGGAUCUGGAGGAUGAGGAGGAUGAGCUGGAUGAGGACGAGCUGGAUGUGGAGCAGGAGGAGGAGGAGGAGGAUGGUGGUGCAGAGGAGGAGGAAGAUGAUAUGUGGAGCGAAGAAGAAGAUGACACUGACCUGUGGGAAGAUCCCGUGGAGGAGGACAUGUGGGACGGUGGGGUCGGGGGAGAGCUUUACUUUGGGGAUGAGGACUAUGAUGAGGAUGUGAUGGAGGAAGAUGUGGAGGAAGAGGAGGAGGUGGAAGAGGAGGAAGAAGAGGUGCAGACACCUCCUCCCCCUGUUCUGGCCACACGGCCUCGACGCCUCCAGACCUUCACCUGCCCACAAUGCCGAAAAACCUUUUUCCAGAGGAAUUUCCGCCCCAACCUUCAGCUGGCCAACAUGGUGCAAAUCAUCCGCCAGCUCCACCCACACCCCCAGCGCCUUGCACCACCUGCUGCUGGUCCCUCAGUUUCAGGAGCCACAGUGGGUGUCCCAGGGGCCCUGGUAGCAGUGGGAGGUCAGGGGCCACCAAAUUUGUGUGAGAAGCAUCAGGAGCCUCUCAAGCUGUUCUGUGAGGUGGAUGAACAAGCCAUCUGCGUGGUGUGCAGGGAGUCACGGAGCCACAAGCAUCACAGUGUUGUCCCUCUCGAGGAGGUCGUGCAGGAUUACAAGAAUAAGCUCCAGAGCCAUCUGGAGCCACUGAAGAAGAAGCUGGAUGUGGUCCUGAAGCAGAAAUCCAACGAGGAGGAGAAGAUCACAGAGCUGAGGGACAAGAUGAAGCUGGAGAUCAAGGAAUUCGAGUCUGACUUCGAGCUGCUGCACCAGUUCCUCAUUGGGGAGCAAGUCCUGCUCUUACACCAGCUGGAGGAACGCUAUGAGAGCUUGUUGGCCCGUCAGAGCAGCAACAUCAGCCAGCUGGAAGAGCAGAGCGCUGCCCUCAGCCGGCUCAUCGCUGAGGCAGAGGACAAGAGCAAACAGGAUGGGCUGCAACUGCUCAAGGACAUCAAAGGCACUUUUAUCAGAUGCGAGAACAUCAAAUUUCAGGAGCCUGAGAUGGUGCCGGUGGAUGUGGGGAAAAAAUAUCGCAACUACUUUCUGCAGGAUGUGGUGAUGAGGAAGAUGGAGAAAGUCUUCAGUAAAGUCCCUCAAGCCGACGUGACUCUGGACCCUGACACAGCCCACCCUCGCCUAAGCCUCUCCCUUGACCGACGCAGCGUCAAGCUGGGCGAACGCCGCCAGGACCUGCCCGACAACCCCAAACGUUUCGAUUCGGAUUACUGCGUCUUGGGUUCCCAGGGCUUCACCACUGGCCGCCACUACUGGGAGGUAGAGGUGGGAGGCCGACGAGGCUGGGCAGUGGGUGCAGCCCGUGAAACAGCUCGACGCAAAGAGAAAACCAUGGGUCCUCACCAAAAACGAGAAAUUUGGUGCGUGGGCACCAAUGGGAAGAAGUACCAGGCAUUGACAGCCACAGAGCAGACAGCCCUGUUGCCCAGUGAACGGCCCCGGCGCUUUGGCGUCUACCUGGACUACGAGCGAGGCCAGCUCUGCUUUUACAAUGCCGAGAGCAUGACCCACAUCCACACCUUCAACGCCUCCUUCCACGAGCGCAUCUUCCCUUUUUUUCGCAUCUUAGCCAAGGGUACGCGCAUCAAAAUCUGCGCCUGACCAGCCAUCCCUCACCCUCCCUGCCAGCCACCUCUACCUGUGCCAGAUCCGGCAUCGCCCCAGGAUCCGGCCUUGCACACAGCCAUGCUCUUUCCCCCUUAAUCCUGCAGAUCCCAUCUUGGGAUCCAACGCUGCACUUGUCUUCUUGCACCUGCUUGCUCACAAUGCCUCUUCCUUCAGCCUCCUGUCUGCUCCUCCCCAGGAUCCCACUGCUGCCACCAUGCCGAUCCGAAUCUGGUUUUGUUUGGAAUAGGGAAGGAUCCACCUCAGAGGUGUAGGGGUUUUUUUUAGCGUUUUAUGUCUUUUUGGAGCUCCUCUCUCCCAGUCAAUGCCUAAAAGCUUUCUGGCACGCUCUCCACUCCCGGACUGCAUUUUGAAGUGCAUCUGCUCUCUUCGGAUGCAGAGCUUGAUGCCUUGGGGGCAUCUCAGGGGUCUGCACAGUGGGGAGCAAGUGCUCUUGGCUUUUUGAAAUCCCCAUCGUCACCCUUCCAAAAAUCAUUGGCUUGCGUAUCCCAGUUGCACCAAGGUGCCUGGAUCUCUUGGAAUUCACCUGACCAUCUUCCAAGACCCCAGCUGGUGUUUGGACCCAGAGUCAAACCUGCUUUAAUGGCCCGUGUUGUUUUUUCCUUGCUUUCCCCAUCAUUUUUUUGGGGGGUGGGGCCACGUCUGAGCUUUCCUGACCCCCACCCCUUCCCUUCGUAACCAUUGCUUGUGGGCCUGGCACUUUACCGGGGGCAGAGGAGGGUGCAAGAGCCAGUUUCCGCCCCCCAGAGCCAGCACAACCUGGCUGCAGUGGCAGGAAGCAGCCUCCUGUUUUCCCCUCACAGCUUGAGAGCUCUCAGAGAUGGGGGAUAUUUAUUUUUUCUCCCCUUUUUUCUUUUUUCCUCAGCUGCUAAGUUUCCAGCUGAAUCCUGUCCCACUCGAGAGACUCUUGACUGCACCGGUCGUGGGUUUUUUUUGUUUGUUUAUUUUUGGUUGGUGGAUUGUUUGUUUUUUUUUUUUCCUGUUGGCAUUACAGAGCUAGUUCAAAAUAUUUUUGGGUAAAAUGAGAAUUAAAUGGAGAUUUAGUUUUAUGAAAUGUCAAGAAAUAAUAAUAAAGAAUAAGGUUGUAAA